CCAUUAAACGAGUCAGGGACUGCAUUCAGUCGAGAGAAGCAUCGAAAAUGGAGGGCAAUGUCCGGAGUCAAAUGGACUCUCUUUCUCGUCGCCAAUCGCUGCAACAUGAACCGAAUCACCCUCUUCACUCGGCCUGGAUUAAAGUUGGGCAAGUGAAAGAUGUUGAGUCAUGGCCUGUAAUCAUAGGGGGUAUGGUGCUGGAUAUACACGCCACUCCUUCUAGACCUGCAAAUCCGAGGACCACCACUCCUGGCAAGGUCCACUAUAUAUUAGGAGGUGUAGCAAGGAAUGUUGCUGAGUGCAUGUCAAAGCUUGGAACAAAGCCUUACAUGAUUAGUGCUGUGGGACUUGACAUGGCAGGUAAUUUGCUGUUAGAGCACUGGAAAUCUGCUGGAUUAUCCACAGAAGGCAUUCAAAGGCGCCAAGAUAUUGAGACUGCUGUAGUUUGUAACAUCUUUGAUGUUAAAGGAGAGUUGGCAGCUGCUGUUGCUUGUGUGGAAGCAAUUGAACAAUUUCUCACACCUGAAUGGAUUACACAAUUCAACUGCAACAUAUGUUCUGCUCCAGUAUUGAUGGUUGAUGCUAACUUAAGUCCUCCUGCUCUGGAAACAUCUUGCCGAAUGGCAGUAGAAUAUGGCAUUCCUGCUUGGUUUGAGCCUGUAUCAGUUGCAAAAUCCAGAAGAGUUGCUUCAGUUGUUAAGUAUGUAACUUUUGCCUCACCUAAUGAAGAUGAACUUAUUGCUAUGGCAAAUUCACUGUCGGGUGGAGACAUCUUUGGUCCAAUUCAAAGAGAUAAUAACAAAACUGACCGUUCAACAGAAUCUUUGUUCCGAAUGCUUAAGCUGGCAAUUUGGGUUUUGCUAGAGAAAGGAAUUAAAGUAUUAGUCGUGACUCUUGGAUCAGAUGGGGUGUUCUUAUGUUCUAAAGGAGGGCCUGGAUUUCUAAAAAAUGGUUUCAUGAGAAUCAAACCCCAUGGUUUUGGCAGACAACUAUAUAAUGUUGUGAAUUCAAGCUGCCCUCCAAAUCGGUUUUCUGGUACUUCAAAGUUUGAGGGAAGAUCUAAUCUCUUUGCUUUGCAUUUUCCUGCACUUUCUGCAUCAGUUGUAAAGCUUACAGGGGCUGGUGAUUGUUUGGUCGGUGGGACACUAGCUUCUAUUUCUGCGGGCUUAGAUGUUAUGCAAAGUGUGGCAGUUGGUAUUGCAGCAGCCAAAGCCGCUGUUGAGGUGGAGAGUAAUGUGCCUGUUGGCUAUAGUCUUUCCAAAAUUGCAGGACAUCCACAGAAACCUCGGUUUCCUCAAAGCCUCUCAUCCUGUGCCAUUUUGAGGCCAAGAUGUCCUGUGCAAAGCUCGGCAACACCUGGUCUCUUUGCACAACGACUGAAGCCUAAACACAUGACAAUGAUGACCAACAAAACCCAUAUGGUCAUCCCACUAAAAGAUGAAAAACAUCAUCAGAUUCAUUACCAGAUUGGUCUGGACUUCCACCUGAAUUGGGGGAAUCAAUCCUUGUCCGAUUGUCUGUCACAAAAGCCCGAAUAUCAUCAUCAGAGUCUCCACUGUUUGAUUAACCGCUCAUGCUUCCUGGUCCAGAUCAAGACAAUAAAAACAGUCAUUGCUUAUACAAUUUGCAAAGAAUAAGGUCUACAAGCAGAUGAUGAAUAUCCCAAAGGACUUGGGUUCUAGUAGUAAUUGUGUUGGAUCAUCUCAUGGGUGGCUGAUAUUUUUGGAUCAAGAAGCAUUCCCAUACAUCUUCAGUCCAUUCUUGGAGGAUCGGAUUCAACUUCCUCUUUUUUACAAAACAAGCAUUGAUUGUUUCAUUGUCUCGAAUAUUAAGAAAGUUAUACUGUCAUCAGACCCAAGUCACAGUGGCAACAACUACUAGGUUGUAGUAAUAUAUGGUGUAAUUGAUUCAAAGCUUGCCUUUAGGAAGUGUGGAGACAGUGAAUGAACUGCUUUCCAUGGUGCACAUCAACCCUAUUGUGAUAUCAUAUUCUACAAUGAUCAUAUUUUUGCUUUAAGUUAAA